GCAAAUCACUUCCUGGAGAGAGAGAGAGAGAGAGAGAGAGAAGUUAAAGUGAAGGGAAAACUUUAAAGCAGGGGUUGUGACGCUCUAGUGCAAAUAAAGCUUUCAGGAAUUGAAUUGAAUUGAAGUGUGUGAGUGUGUGUGUGUGAGUGUGAGUGUGUGAGAGAGAGAGAGAGUGAGUGAGAGAUGGGGAGAGCGCGAGCGUGCGGGACAGCGCGCGUGCACACCGAGUGAAGCGAAGUGACCCGAAGUGAAUCGCGCGUGCUGCCGCACUUCUUCCCUUUCAUUUUUUUUCUUUUCUUUUUUCCUUUUUUUUUUUUCUUUCCUUUUUGCGCAAAGUUCGGUCUCGCGGAUCGAGCCGCAGUGACGCAAUCAGCAUUUCAGCGCGCGCCGUUUCUGGCUUCUCCUGCGUGACGCAUGAUGGGUGCCAUGUUUAAUUUCCUACUUCACUGAUUUAUAUGAGCCGCUGUGUGUUUGCGUGAACGCGGGCCGCCAUGUCGCAGCUGCUGCACGUGGAGAUCCCGAACUUCGGCAGCGCCGUGCUGGUGUCGCUGAACGAGCAGCGCCUGCAGGGCCUGUACUGCGACGUGUCCAUCGUGGUGAAGGGGCAGGCGUUUCGGGCGCACCGCGCCGUCCUCGCCGCCAGCAGCCUCUACUUCCGCGAUCUGUUCAGCGGCAGCGCCAAGUCAGAAUUCGAGCUGCCGUCCUCGGUCACUCCGGCCUGCUUCCAGCAAAUCCUGUCCUUCUGCUACACGGGGAAGCUGACCAUGGCGGCCAGCGAGCAGCUCGUGGUCAUGUACACGGCCGGGUACCUGCAGAUCCAGCACAUCGUCGAGAGAGGCAUGGAGCUCAUGUUCAAGGCUAACUCGCCUCACUGUGACUCGGCCACCGCUGCCACAGACGAGCCCGGCUCGGAGCCUCAGAGCCCCAACAACAACAACACAAACAGCACCGUAGCGGCGACGGCGGCAGCGACGACGGCGGCAGCGGCGGUUAUGUUGGCUCCUCCCAGCUGGUCACCUUCACUCCGCAGGGUGAAGACAGAGGGCAGCGAGACACCGCUCAGCCUCCUGGGAGCACCUAAGAGGAGUUCUGGAGGGCGAGGAACCUCGUUCUUCUACCCCGGGGUGCCGGGAAUGUAUCCCGUCAUACCCGGUGAGCGGUCCAGCCCGGGAGCGUCCAGUCUGCCCACCACAGACAGCCCUACAUCUUAUCAGAACGAGGACGAGGAGUUUGACGAGGAGAACUACGACGGCAUCGGCGACGACACGUUCGCACAGCUGUACAGCCGCGCGGCGAAUCCUUACGCAAUGACGGAUAAACCCGAGAUGGUUCCUGUGCCACUGGAAAGUCGUCCUUGUGUUCUUCUACGUCGUGAUUUGGUGGCUCUGCCCGCUAGCCUUAUUAGCCAAAUCGGCUACCGCUGCCACCCCAAACUCUACACAGAGGGCGACCCGGGGGAAAAACUCGAACUAGUCGGAGGUACGGGAGUGUUCAUGACCAGAGGACAGCUGAUGAACUGCCACUUGUGUGCCGGCAUUAAACACAAGGUCUUGUUGAGGCGACUGCUCGCUACGUUCUUCGACAGAAACACUCUGGCGAACAGCUGUGGGACUGGAAUCCGUUCCUCGACCAGCGACCCGAGCAGAAAGCCUCUGGAUAGCAGAGUUCUAAACGCCGUGAAACUCUACUGUCAAAAUUUCGCACCCAACUUCAAAGAGAGUGAGAUGAACGUGAUCGCCGCCGACAUGUGCACCAACGCGCGCCGCGUCCGCAAACGAUGGCUGCCCAAGAUCAAGUCCAUGCUGCCCGAAGGCAUCGACAUGUACCGUGGCACUGGGGCGGGGCUUAAUCUGAGCGUUCCGUUGACCUUUGACCCAGACUUCAAGCAGCUGCCGCUGUUCGGGGAGCGUAAGGAUGCUGUAAGAACUCAGCAGCCGCUGGAUAACGAGAGUGCGGAGCUCAUCGAGGGCCAGGCGGAGGAGGAAGAGGAGGAGGAGGAGGAAGGAGCCUUGGCUGAGGGAGUGGAGGAGACUUUAGGGGCCAGUCCUCUUCUUCUAGGGGUCGAGGGCGGAGUUCAGGGUCGUCCGGCGCAUGACGGACAGCAGGAGGAGGAGUUUGGGGAAGGUCUGAGGAUAAACGGGCAGUGAAAAGCGGCUGGUGUUUUGGCAGAAGCCGGGCUGUGUUUCAGUACUGUUUUUAAUGCGCCUUUAUCAACAAGACUGAAUGUACAGGUACAGGACAGGUGUUCCGAUACUUCAUCAGCUUAAGUCAAGUACGUUAGAUGACCUUGUGAAUGUUGUUCUGAUUUUAAUAAACGGCAAAUAAGAGCAGAAGGAAAAAGGUGCAAGAUUGACAGGCACAGAGGCCACGCCUCCUUACCUAGGCCCGUCACCGGGCACGCCUCUUUUAUUGAGACUGAUAGACAAAGAGGCCACGCCUCCAUCACUGGGACUUAGAAGCAAAGACACCAAGCCUGCUUUACUGAGACUGAUAUAUAUAUACGAAGGCCACGCCUCCUUUACUGAGACUGGUAUACAUAUAUCUAGGCCACACCUCCUUUAUUGAGACUGAUAUAUACGAAGGCCACGCCUCCUUUACUGAGACUGAUACAUACGAAGGCCACGCCUCCUUUACUGAGACUGAUACAUACGAAGGCCACGCCUCCUUUACAGAGACUGAUAUAUACGAAGGCCACGCCUCCUUCACUGAGACUGAUAUACGAAGGCCACGCCUCCUUUACUGAGACUGACAAUCACGAUAAAAGAGGCGUGGCCUCAGACUUUUCUUUUUAUACAGUACCAAGGUUUCACCCGAUUUAAAAAAUGCUCUCCUCAGUACACACUCCAGGUGUGAAUUUUUUUCCGAGUCAGUAAAGACGAAUUAAAAACGGUAUCGGAAACACGUGCAGCGGUGCAUGCUGGGUAGAGUGGGUUUAAAGGACAAACACAGGCAUUGCUUAUGUACGUAGAAAAGAAAGAUUUGCGCUCGUGCUGAGAUGAAGCACUUCUUUAUACACCGAUCUUUUAGCCAAAAAGUGCAGUGGAAGUCGUUUGUAAACCUCUCACGAGACCCGAAAGUACCUCAGUGACCUUCCUCUGGAGAGAUUUUUUCUUUUUGCGAUCCGCCGAAUGUUCCGUACUUUCCAGGAAAACGAAAGCGAUCCAGCGUCCGUCGGGAAAACAGCGUGCCCGCGAACGGCCGUGGCUGACGAAAGCGCCGACUCUUUCAGGAUCUCGGUCCAAGAUACCAAAAUAACAUUUUAAAUGGAUUCUCUGGCAUCUCUGGGGGGGGGGGGGGGGUUCCAUGUCCAUGUCUGAAAGGAUGAAUUGCCCCGUUGCUAUGGCGAUACGAUAGACACCUGGGAACUUUAAUAGUACAUUAAUAAAAGUCACCUGGCGAAAUGGAAAAGCCGGUUCACUGAAGGGGAAAGGACGUGUAACGUGAAGGACACGUAUUUGUAGUUACGUUCGCUUUGCGUGUGAUUUUUAUUGGCCGAUCAGAGCUCAGUCUUGUGAGCCAGUGCGAAAUUUAUUUAGCAUGUCUUCUUGAUAAACAGGUUUUUCCAUAAUAAAAGCACAGGAUGAGAUUUUUUUCCAGUACGUAUUCAGCGCAUCAUUUAGGGCCUUCUUUAAUGUUUACCAGUUAAUAUUGGUAAAAUUCUGAAUUCCCAACAUCACAGGUUUCACGUAAAGACGUUUGACGGCCGCCCCCAGACUUCCAUCGUCCACGAGUUUGGCGUAAACACGUCUCCAGCUAUGUUCCGGCGACGGAUUCAAUCCCGGUUCCUGGUAAUCACGUACACGUUGCAGUUGUGAUGUAUGGAGAUUCUAGAAGCGAUGCCUGUGUUUGUUUAAAACAGCCUCGGCUGUCAUUUACAAUAAUACUGAAACAAAAAAGAGCAUUUUCCCGGGGGACGGAGCGCGUACGUACGAGAGCGCAUCCUGGAGCGUUUAAAGCCGGGACGCUUGCAUGCAAAACGAACAGGAUACGAUCCACAGAACCGCAGCGUCGCAAAUUAAAUACCGACCCGUCUCGAUGGUUUGUUGUUUUAUUUCCCUCCAGCAUCUGGAUGGGGUCGAGUCGGACUCCAUCGUGGCCCUGUCUGGGAAAACAAACGAACUGAUUGUCACUGUGAGGGGAAAGAAGAAAAAGUUGGUGGGUUUUUUUGUUGUUGUUUUUUUUUUUUUCUUGCUUAUGGUUCUCUACUGUAAAUUAUUUAAUGUGAGACUGGUAUCGUUUUUAUCAUUUUUGCUGGCUUUUAUUGUCGUUUUUUUUUUUUGUUGUUGUUUUUUUGCAUUUGCACUUGAACUGAGGGAGGUGACUGAGUAACCGAAGUGACUUUAGCUCUUCGCCCCUUUCUUGUUCUCCCUCGCAAUCGAUUACGAAAAUCCGACGAAGAAAUUUCAGUGAAAUUUCAACACUACGAGAUCGGACACUUUGUUUUCUCUUCUUCCUUUUUUUUUUUUUUUUUUCCUUUUUGGUUUUGUUUUUCGUUUUUUUUUUUCUUUCUUUCUUUCUUUCUUUUUUAAAGAUUUAAUUUCGUAUUCACGAUGCAUGAUCUAUAGCGGAUCUAUAGCGGCGCGCUCGUCUUUUCCCGCGUGUGUGUUUCUAAGUCACGAUAUACAGUAAUGCUCAGUUUCCUGCGGAGUGUCUGACUUCGCAGCACUUUUCUCCUGAAAGAUUGCGAGAGAGAGAUGAUUGUGCACUCUGGAGUUUUCCCAGGACACAGCAAUGAAGAAAUCCAAGUUCUUUUUUUUUUUCUUUUUUUUUAUUUUGAACAGAACAUCAUCAGAAGGAAGAGAGAGAGAGAGAGAGAGAGAGAGAGAGAGCGAGAGCAUUGCAGAGUUGUGGUUUGAAAGCCAGAGAUUGGAUCAGAAUAUUGUUUUCUCUCAGUCAGAAUCUUCAGGUUUGUUGAAAUUGCCUUUAGAGGAACGUUUUAGCCAAAAAAAUCAGACGCGUACGGUUUCACCUCGAACCCUAAUGCGGUCGAUCGGCCGGCGUUUUUUCGGCUCGCGGCCUGGAGCUACGAGGAUAAUGUAGCUAACAAGUAGUCCUACAAGUUUAAUCCAAAAAAAAAAAGAUUUUUUAAAAUCAUGCUAAGAUCUUCCAGCUUUCUAACCGCGAGAGGCGGGGCUUACGCUACGUUAUAAAACGUUAGGUAGUUUGUUAGCACAAAUCGCACUUUGCUACUUUUUACGUUGCGUUAGGAUUCAACGAACCGCUCGCAAUGAAAUUCUCUCAUGUAACACCUGGAAUAUUCCAGGUGAAAUAUCCGGAUGGCUUUAUGAGUCAUGUGACUCCAGCGUUGCCUUUCGUCCGCCUACCUUCUCUCUGUGGUGUCAGUUUGCGCUUUUAGAAAGAAAGAAAAGGAACAUUUCGAAGCGUUGAUCGGUUUGUCCGGGAGUCAUGGGAACAUUUAAAGAGAGAGGGUUUUCCAAGCAGGCCUUGUGUUAGACUUGGGCUAUAGCAUGUGUUUAUUGUUUAAAAGAAAUGAAGGGGGUGUGUACAUGUGGUGAAAUUCUAACGUAAACGUACGGGAAGCUGAACUAAACGACACAUGCGUGAUGCGUGAUGCGUGACCGUAUGACGAGGGAGAUAAACGCGAGACUAGAUUAGUUCAUUAGUCUAUUUGACACCAGUGCUGAUGUUUUUUGGUUUUUUCCCAUUUCCUUAGCAGACGCAUCAUCAUCAACUACUUCCAUUUCUAUUAUUUUACAUGGUGUAAAAUCGAACGUAAGUGGUCCAGCGGGGCAUUGCGGUGGUAAUGAGGGAUGUUUUGGCUCUGCACUGCCCCCUAGUUGAUAGAGGUUUGAAUUUUUUUAGAUGCUUUAAGCAGCCCCUGAAAGAUUUCGCACUCUCGCGAUCGCAGAAAUUAACGCAAAGUCAACAAAACUUAGCAGUAUUCGGAAGAGCUUGCGAUUUUGAUCUUCUUUUUACCGCGUAUUUUCCGCAGAUUCGGGACGAGACACGUCACGUGAUGUCAUGGCAACGGCCGUUCGGCCAAAGCCCUCUCGUGUUCACGUGCGCCGGACACGAGUACGGCCAAGAGGUCUCGUUUACCAACAAACAUCGCUGCGAAAGACUUCACAGAAAAGUGAGAGUGUUAGCGAUGAUAGUUAGAAAACAAUGAUCCUUUAACUAUACAAGGAACUAUACAUGGAAAUCCCAGACAUACUUCGGUAUUAAUUACAUUACAACACCUCUUCAAGUGAAACUAAUCCCGUCCGAGCACGUUCCAGUGUUCCUCUACACGGCGAAAUUUAAUUCCUGUUCAUAGAGACAUAUGACAUCAUAUAGUCUCCUAAACCAGAGGUUCCCAAACUCUUCCAGGGCAAGGCCCCCCAAAUGGCAUUAACAUUUGACCGAGGCCCCACUUUUGCAAGAUGUCUUUAAAACACAUUAAAAAUACAGACUUCUGAAUAUAUCCCCCUUUUUUAUUAAUAAUUACAUCUUACAUCUUUACAGUACAUUACAUUAAGAACUGAUUGUGUGUGUGUGUGUGUGUGUGUGUGUGUGUGUGUGGUUGUCUGAGAGUGAGAAUUUAUUUUUCACACCAAAUUGUUGAGGCCUCCCGGGCGCCCCCUGGUGGCCCCCACUUUUAAAACCACUGUCCUAAACCACAUCCACACUCACGUCUAUCACUGAAGAACUGGAUGCGGGUUUGAGGUGGAUAUUUGAACAAAACAUUAGCCUUGUAGCUCCAGAUAGCACACUGCAGACACCGAAAUGCCUCGGAUGAUCAACUACAUUUGCGGUAAAAGCGGAAAUUUCAUCGUAUUUAAUUAUACAUCCCUUUUCCUGUCUAUUAUUACGUAGUAAAGAGGAAACUCAGUGUUUCUAACGAACACAUAUUGACUCCUAACGCUGUAGAUAAAUCUGUAUGUAUAUAUACGAGGAGUAUCAGUGCCUUAACGAGACUAUUAGCGUGACAGACAGAAACACUUCCUCUGUUAAACCUCAGUAAGGUGCAGGAGCCACGUGUGAUGAUGUCGAAUCAAGGAUUUGGCCUUUUUCUUUCUUUUUUUGAAUUGUAGCUACUUAAACAUACCUAAGGAUUCUGACGAUCUUUGAAACUGACUGAAUCUUUUCUGGUGCAUGUUCAUAAAUGAUUCAAACUAUAGCUUUAUGUACAGUACAGGCCUCCGAGGUGAAAUUCUACGAUCCUUCAGUUAGUAUGCGUGAAACCGUAGUAAAGAACGUACUGUAAAACGAUCCGAUUCGUUGCUCUUAUAGGAGUUGUAUUUAAUCCUGCAUUUAGGUUCAUCUCUUUUUUUUUUUUCUUUCUGCACCUGCAAUAUCGCAAAAUUCGUCUUUCAUUUACUUUUCUGACAGGUAUUAGGCUCUAAAUCUAUGUAAACCGUUGCACUAGAUGCUGAGAGGAACUCAGAAGAAUGUCGAUCGCUAAACCGAACGGUGGGAAAGCGCUGUUUGUGGUAGCAUAACGCUGUCCGAUGUGGAGCGACAGGCUAAUUUAUAGUUGUAGUUAUAGGUGUAUGUGUGUGGGGGUUUUUUUUAUAUAUUGUAGAUGCUGUUUCCGUCAUUAAGACUUCACGGUCUCUAAAUUUUGGCACUAAUUUUGGCUGAUUGCUUUUGCACAAACUGCAAAAGAGGGGUUGGCUUUUUUCCCUGAGAUGUGUGAGAGACGUGUCCAAAGGACAAACGAUGAGUUUUAAAAACUGAUCAUGAUCAUUUGGAGUUUUUGCGUAUUUGUAUUCCUUCGUCUGUUUGAACAGAGCCGUGAAUCAUGAAUCGUAACUCACCUUGUGAACUUUACCGAAGAGAAUUCAGGCCCUUUUCAGUGAUUCAGAUUAUUUGACUCACUGAAAAUAAGAGUCGACUCUUUUUGCUCUCAAACAACUCGUUGAUGUUAUGUCCGGUUUAGAACAAAAUGGCAAAGAGCGGACUCUCAUAGCUCGACUCUUGUGGUCAAAUCUUUUACGUGACUCAUGAAUCAGUGGUGUACUUCCUGUGAUGGGAAUUUCUGCUUUUUUCAGUGAGUCAGAUCAUUUGACUCAGCUCAACAAAAAGAGUUGACUCUUCCAACUCAAAAAAAAAUUCGAUUCUGUUUAGAACAAAAAUGGCAAAGAGUUGUUUUUGAGUCAACUCUAGUAUAUGAAUCAUGAAUCAUCCGUGUGCUUUAGUCAUGGGAAUCCCUGCUCUUUUCAGUGACUCGGAUCAUUCAACUCAUUUGGCUGGUUGAUAUUUUGUUCUAAACCGGACAACAUUUAGAAUUUUUAAAAGAUAAACGAUGAGGUAGGGGAUGCAAGUCAUCUGUUUUCAUUCUGUUUUUAAUCAUAAACACGGCCGCAGAUGACACACAUGCACUGUUUGGACAGAUGAAUCAACUGAAGAUUUAUUUGGUUUAAAUCGCUUAAAUGAAUGAAGACGAAUGAAUUCAGCUCCGAUGUUGACAAGAGCUUUCCAAAUAUUUUUCAGUUCAUAUACAGUUACACAUUCGAGAGCGUUAGCGUUGCCAACAUCUACAAAUAAAAGACGACAAAGAAGAAAAAAAACAUGUCUCUUAUACGUGAGUCAGCUCUCGACGUUCACGUAAACGAUCCGGCUCAAAGAGUCGACUCGUUCGCGAAUGACUCAUGACUCAUCAAAAAGGCCAAACUACAAGUUUUAAAGCCUGAUUGCGAACAUCUCUGCCUUUUUUUCAGUAUUCGUGUAUUGUAUUCGAACGGUGCUGUGAGUCGUGAAUCAUUUUUAUGCUUCGUGGAUCAUAACUCACAAAGAUGCUGCUGUUUAGUAUUUAAUCAGCAGGUAUUUCUUAAUAAAAACAAAUUUUUAAAUAAAUUCUUUUCUGAUGAGGAUCAGAGCUCUUUUUUUCUUUUUUUUUUUAAAUCUUGGGGUAUAAAACGAAUUAUGCACAGCUGGACCGUAUUAAAAAAUGUUUCAUUCUUGACCUGUUUGUUGAUCUGAAUGAUGAUGAUGAUGAUGAUGUGUUAUUUCUUUGUGUUAAGAAAAUCUGCAAUAGUUAAAUAACGAUAUCAAGAAGCUUCCGGAACAGUGGAUGUGUUUAAAUGUGCUGAGAUUCUUAAAAACAGGAUUGCAUAAUUGUAAAAAAAAUUGGGAUUUUUUUAUUAUUUUUUUUUUUCAGAUUUCAGCAAACAUUCAAACAGUAUCAGUCGAUGAAUAGAUUAGAGAAACUCCUGAUUGGAUAUCAGUUUUAGUUCAUUGAUGACCUUUGACCCUCGAACCCUUGAAUUAAUGAUUUAUGAGGACUGAAUUGUGUAUUUGUGUGUAUGUGUGUGAGUCUUAGAAGAAUAAUUAACGCCAGCACUUUACCAUUUUGGGGUGAAAGCUGGCGGGAAAAGAAAGAAAAGAAAGAAAAGCCAUGUGCUCAGAGCGCAGACAAUCAGAGAACAAAUGUGCACUAAUUUUACAUUUUGUUAGCACUUAGCUGAAAUUCUACAAACCUUUCGCUGCUUUUUGCUUUCAGCUUUUACAGAGGAUUUUCUCAGUCUCUCUCUCUCUCUCUCUCUCUCUCUCUCUCUCUCUCUAUCCAUCUCUCUCAUCUCUCAUUUUUUGGGGAUCUCUAAUAUUAGAGGUCCAGUUGGUCCCAGGAUGCAGAACAGCUGGGGAUUUACUCUACACAGACGACUGAGACGCUUCAAACGGCCACGUUUCGGAAAAACAAAACUGUUGUUUACGCCUUUUAACGACUCUGACUGAACGAGAAAUUUCCGUUCGAAUUCGAACUGGUUUUGACUUUUGACUCUGGUGUCAUUCAACUCACUGAUUCAUUUACAAAUGCAAUACUGAAAUAUUUGCUUUCUAAUAAAAUUCCUUAUUUCACCAAA